AUGGUCGCCACGUUGGCGGUGGACAGAAUGGCCGCCAUGACGGCGGUGGACAGAAUGACUAUACACGGUGACGGUGGACAGAAUGGCCGCCACAUGGGCGGUGGACAGAAUGGUCGCCACGGUGGCGGUGGACAGAAUGGCGUACACGGUGGCGGUGGACAGAAUGGAGGCCACGGUGGCGGUGGACAGAAUGGAGGCCACGGUGGCGGUGGGCAGAAUGGCGUACACGGUGGCGGUGGGCAGAGUGGUCGCCACGGUGGCGGUGGACAGAAUGGCCGCCACGAUGGCGGUGGAGAGAAUGGCUGCCAUGAUGGCGGUGGACAGAAUGGCCAUCACGAUGCUGCAUAUCACAAUAGCCGCCGCCAUGCUGCAUAUAGCAACGAACGACGGUUUGGUUUGGCAGUUCCAAGAUCGCGCGUAGAAUAA